UCGUCUAAGCGGAAGUAACCUAGGUCUGUUUGGUCUGUUGAUUGCCGAAAUAUUUUUUUUUAUAACCAAGUGUUGUAUUUUAUUAAAGGACGGUGUUUAUUUUUGUAUUAGAUUUGCUUUUUUUGCCGAAAUAUUUUUUUUUGUUCCAGACAAUUAAACGAGACGUCCGGCGUGUGAAGGAGUAGCUGAGGCUACUCAAAGUUUUCACGGGAACAUAUAAUCAAAGUUUGGAGUGUACGAAGACAUGUCUGAGGAUGCACUACGUCCUCAAGCCUACAUUAAGGUCCCUAAAGAAGUCCCUAGCUUCUUUUUCUGGACAUGUCCGCACAUCUCCCUAUAUAAUGCUGAGCAAAAAGAUAUCUGGAUCUGGGCUGCUGAACGCUGCUGCGGGGAUCGACCGUGGAAGGGUUGGGGAAAGGUUACGCGCGGCGUUGGCUGGACUACAGGAGUUACAUUUCCUCAAGGAGAAACAGCGCAAUAUGGUGUUCUGGGCUCUACGAAUGGACCGCGAGGAACCGGUGUCUUCUAACGACCCAUGCAAAGAAAACCCCGAUGUCGAGACGGAAGAGCAACGUCUGGAGGCGACUCUGACAGCCCUUAAGCAGCAACUGUCACGUCUGCGCAGACAGGAUGUGGGGCUGAAGAGCCACCUGCAGCAGCUGGACCAGCAGAUCAGCGAGCUGAAGCUGGACGUGUGCAAGGUCUCCUCUGAGCACCUGGAGACCGACAGCAGGCCCAGCUCAGGGUUCUAUGACCUGAGCGAUGGGGGUUCGGGGUCCCUGUCCAACUCCUGCACUUCGGUGUACAGCGAGUGCCUGUCCUCCUCCCAAAGCAGCCUCCUCCCGCCCCCCUGCCUGCCCGGCGCGGGCUCGCACCCCCACCGGCCCCCGGGGCCCCCUGAGGCGUCCCGCCGUCGCUCGGCCGACGAGAGCGCCGCCCAGGGGGAGUCCCCCCGCGCGGGCGGGGUGCGUUUGGGCAGCAGCUGGAUCCGCACCGGGACCGGGGGCGUCGACCGGGCCCGACAGAGGCCCGUCUCCACAGGAGACCUUGAGAGGAUAUUGACCCUCGUGCCCAGUGUGGAGGGGAAGAAGCCCUCCCCUUGCCACAAUCUGAGGCACUCCACGGUCGACCCCAAAUACCAGAGUAACCUGGUGUCCCGCGGUGGCACUGAGGUGUACCGCUACCCCAGUCCCCUGCACGCGGUGGCCUUACAGAGCCCCAUCUUCUCUCUGAGCGGGGAUGGGGCCACGCCCGCUGCUCGAGAAACUGCGGGGGCCCAGGGAGGGGCCGCCCCGGCCAGCGACUGCCUGCAGGCGAGAGCCGAGGGGGCGGAGGUCAGGCAGGCCAGCUACAUCAACAAGCUCCUGCAGCGCAGCCUCAGUAAGACCAGCCUCCAGGGCGAGGGGGGCAGAGACAGGGCCCAGCCUCCCAGCAGGAGUCACGCGGAAGCCCCUGCUGUCAUCACCGGGGUCCCAGGAGUCACCGGCGGCAAAGCACUUAGGCCCCAAGACCAGAGCCUGCAUCAGCGCCCUGUGGAGAUGGGGCAGGAGUGCCCCCUGGAGCGCAGUCAGGACCUGGUGAACCAUGUUAGCCCCGCCUCCAUCCAAAAUCAUGCCAAGGAAGAGCCUUGCCACUGCCGCUCUUACCCUGCAGCCCCCAGCCAAUGGAAGGCCAGGGAAGCUGCCCACACCUCGGACCAGAGCAGCUGGGUGGAGGAGGAGGACGGGAAGAGCAGCUGUCCCGAUCAGAGCAGCAGAGAGCAGCUCCGCGGAGCAGCGCUGGCCAGGAAGCUGUCGGACAAAAGACCCCGUCUGGGGAGGAGCGCCAGCAAGGAGGAGGGGAGGGGCCAGGACCGGCCGCCUGUCAGCGGGGCUCAGCCGGAGUUCGUCCACGCCCAGUUUGUCCCAGCAGGGUCGCAGCGGGUGAAGGUGAGGCAGGCCGACAGGAAGACCAAGGCCGUGCGGCUGAGGAAGAGGAGCUGCGACAAGCCGCGGGUGACGAAGCAGCCACAGGCGCCCAGCGAGAUGGGGAGGGAGGCCGGCGCUGGCCUGGACAGGGGCCCCAAGCAGGCGGGGCCGGCGCGGGCAUCCCGCAAACUGACCCUCAGCAGGGGGGAGGGAAGCGGCCGGUCCUGCUCAGAGACCAGCCUCUAUGGCUCCGCCUUCCCUCACCACCCCGCCCAGUUCCCGCCCCAACUGGACCCGCCUCUCAGGCCCGGAAAGGCCCACGGACCACAGAGCCAGGACGUCCCGUUAGCUGACCCGGCGAGGAGGAAGCAGGUGACCCGGAAGUGGCAGUCUGCGGCGGAGAUGGCGGGUCAGAGGGCGCAGGAAGUGCCAAACCACGCCGCUGCCCGCCGGUCAGGGGUGAUGCCGCGCAGUGUGAGCGCCAGGCCCCAGUCGGGGCAGUGGGCGGGGCACCCCUACACCGCCUCUUCCUCCUCCUCCUCCUCCUCGUACUUCGGCAGCUACGGUUCCAGGUACCCGCCGGCCCCCUACCCCGUCCCCCGCCCCCGCUACCCCCCGCGGAGCGAGUCUGAGUACUCGGCCGACUGCGCCUCCCUCUUCCACUCCACCAUCGCCGAGAGCAGCGAGGGCGAGCUCAGCGACUUCACCGCCAACCGCUUCGGCGACAGCGAGUCCAGCUGCGACUCCCGCUCCGCCUCCGACUCCGACAGCAGCCUCUCUCAGGAGGAGGAGGAGGAAGAGGAGGAGGAUGACGGAGGAGAAGAAGGGGGCCUGGUGUGGGCGGAGGCCGCGCUGGGGCCCACCGCUGCUGGGCUGUCCCUCCAGCAGCCCCGCGCUGAGCCCCCGGCCUGCCGAAUCAAGGCGUCCCGAGCACUGAAGAAGAAGAUCCGCCAUUUUCAACCCGCUGCUCUCAAAGUGAUGACGCUGGUCUAGCUCAGGAGAGCACAGAGCGGAGCUUAACUGAACAAUUAUAAAGCAUAUUUCACUCAGAUAUGUCUGCUUCAAUACAAACUGUCUGCCUGGACAAUAACAGUUAAUUCAUUGAUUUGUUGAUUUUGCAGUUGAUACUCUGACGGAACUUUUCUGUGGGUGUUUAUCACACUGACCAUGUAAAUACGAAUGCACCCGGUUCAACUGUCAUGAAAAUUUUAUGUGGCCUUCAUUCCUUUUAACUUUUUUAUAUUGCAGAUAAGAAUGUUAUUUUUGUUUUCACCCCCCAACCCCCCCAUGUAUGAGCUUUUGUACAUUGAUUUUUGCCCCGGUAUCUUAUUCUGAGUUUGUUAAUAAAGUACUAUUUAAUGUUAAAA